AGGGUGGAUUUUCCUUCAGUACACGUGACUGUGGUUGGAUUGUCGCUGACUGUACAGCGGAAGGUUUGAAGUCUGUGCUACUGUUACAGGAAAAGUGCCCAUUCAUCAAGGAAUACAUCCCACCCAGUCGUCUCUUUGAUGCUGUAAAUGUGUUGCUGAACAUGCAAAAUGCUGAUGGUGGCUUUUCAACCUAUGAAACGAUUCGCGGGAGCUGGCUGCUGGAACUGUUGAAUCCUUCCGAGGUAUUUGGUGAUAUCAUGGUUGACUACACAUACGUGGAGUGCACCUCAGCCGUGGUGCAGGCACUGAAGCAUUUCCACAAGUGCUUCCCUGAACACAGAACCUUGGAAAUCAGAGAGGUACUGCAAAAGGGCUUGAAGUAUUGUCAGAGGAAGCAGAGAGCUGACGGAUCCUGGGAAGGGAAAUGGGGUGUCUGCUUCACUUAUGGUACAUGGUUUGGAUUGGAAGCAUUUGCUUGUAUGCAGCAGAUCUACCGUGAUGGAGUGGCCUGUCAGGCAGUGUCUCGGGCUUGUGAGUUCUUGGUCUCCAAGCAGAUGGAGGAUGGUGGUUGGGGAGAGGACUUUGAGUCUUGUGAACAAAGCAGAUACAUCCAGAGUGCUACCUCGCAGAUCCACAACACCUGUUGGGCUCUCUUGGGACUCAUGGCUGCUAGGUACCCAGAUGUCAGAGUUCUGGAGAAGGGGAUCAAAGUUUUGAUUGAGAAACAGCUGCCUAAUGGGGACUGGCCUCAGGGGAAUGCUCCAGGAGUCUUCAACAGGACUUGUGCCAUCAGCUACAGCUCCUAUCGAAACGUGUUCCCCAUCUGGACCCUGGGGCGCUUUUCUUCUCUAUAUCCCGCCAGCCCCUUUUCAGGCAAGCUCUCCACAAAGGUAUUGGAAAAUGGGGAGGAAGAACUGGCCGCAGAAAUGACCGACGGACAUAGCUUAGCGUUUGCUGCUUCGUAGAUGUGGGGCCUGUAACCAACAUUGCAGGGAUGAGCUGCCUGUCUGCCUGAGGUUUUUUGUGAGGCCACAGGCCUCAUUUGAGGCCAGUGAAGGGGCUCUGCUUCAAAGAACCAGUGAGGAGAGAAGUCCCUGAAAUCCUGCUGCUGUGCUGCUGGUUCUUGCUUCUUAUAAGGUGUCCCUAAAUUCUGCUACUUUGGGGAAAGUCAACUGCAUUUGGAAAGAGAGGCUCUAAUCUGGCCUGGCAAAGAGAAACGCGUCUGAGGCAGAAAUGUCAAUAUGAGGUCUUGAAGGCUUGUGGAACUUUGCUCUUCGCACUGGUUGGAGCUCCUCUCUCUCAAGCGGACUUUUGGUCUUCCUAUUGAAGCCAAAUAGGAGGAAAACGUUAGCCACCUUUAUUCUGUCACUUUUAUGCCCUUCUUGACGGAACAGAAAUGGGAAGAGAAAGUGCUAAGUUUUGCCUCAGAAAGAGUCAGAGGGAACAACUUGCCAUUCCUAAAAUUCUUGUUCCCCACAUCCUGCUGACAUAAUUAGCCCAGUGAAGCCUUGUCUGAAUCCAGGAGAAAAUCCUCCAAGGAUCCUCUCAUGUCCAGCACAGCAAUAACUUGAAAACCGGCCUUCCCGUUCGAUGGAGUUGCCCCCUUCUCUGUAAGCCGAUGUAGCUUUCCUCAGUUUGGCACUGUCGGGUCAUAUUAGAAUUUGGCUCUCCUAAUGCCCAGCCAGGAAAGGCCAGUUGGCUGGGAAUUAUGAGAAUUGAAGCCCAGUUUGUGUGGGAGGCACCAGGUUGGGGAAGGAGGCACUGAAAUAUCUGUCUCCACACGCACACACCUUACACCAAGGAGGAGGAGGAGGUUUUUUUCUCUUUCACUUUCUCAAGCAUCUUCAGAAUGUUUUCUUAAGCUAACAUGAAGCAUUUUGAGGUGGGAAUUUUCAUUUUGCUCAAUUAUUAAAUUGUACAAAUGGAGGAAAAAAUACUACAGGUUUCUAGAUUUUAGGAUUCCUUCAAUCCAGGAAGUUCUUAACACCCCCUGCUCAAAAGAGCACCCUCCACUAAGGUUUUUUACUUUUUCCCUUUUGAUACUUCUUAAGAUUUCUUCUCCCUACUUCUUUUUCCCACUUUCCUUUACUGCUGAUCUAUAUUUUGUCCAUGACCCCCAUUUGUCUCCUCCUUGAAGGAUUGGUUUUAUUUAGAUCCUUAUUAAAUAGUCUUACGUUCCACUGGAUCUCUGCUUUUUAAAUGCUCUUUAACGUCUUUGUAUGUCUGACCCAGGUUUUCUGUCAUUUCCUUUUCAUUCAUCAGAGUUUUGCUUUAAUAAACAAAU